GCCCCAUCGUACGAUGCCUUCCAGCAGCGUCGCCGAGAGAAAUCUUUUUUGGCUUGCAAGGUCAGCUCAGCAUCGACAUCUCCGCGCGGACGAGCGUCGGUAAGAUGGACCUACAAGGAGACAGAUGCCAUCUGGGAGUUGGUUAAAUACGCGUCGCGUCCAUCCAUCAUCUCUAGGUAAUCAGAACUUGGUCUCCAUCAAGCAGCAGCCAGCCAAGCACUCUCCAAAUGUACAGGGUUUCAACUGUUGUCCCGCGACUCGUACCUUCUACCCAGUCUCUUGGACGCCACGCCAGACUUAUCCGCAUCGCUUCAGCCAUCUCAGCCUCCCAGCUGUCCCCAUUGCGCGCGGCAGCAUCACGCAUCACCGCCCCGGCAGCAUCGCGAGCAUAUAGCAGCAGCAUGUCCGGGCCCGAGACGACGCAGGCCAACGGCUCCGCGGCCCCGGCCCCGGCGGCCAGGCCGGCGCCGCCGACGCUGACCCCGGAGCAGAUGGCCAUCGUCAAGUCGACGGCGCCGGUGCUCAAGGAGCACGGCGUAACCAUCACGACGCUCUUCUACAAGAACAUGAUCAACGCGCACCCGGAGCUGCGCAACGUCUUCAGCUCCACCAGCCAGGCGACGGGCGCCCAGCCGCGCGCCCUGGCGGCCUCGGUGCUGGCCUACGCCACCUAUAUCGACGACCUGGGCAAGCUCACGCACGCCGUGUCGCGCAUCGCGCACAAGCACGUGUCGCUCAACAUCCGGCCCGAGCAAUACGACAUUGUGGGUCACCACCUGAUCCAGACCAUCGGCGAGGUGCUGGGCGACGCCGCCACGCCCGCCAUCGUCGACGCCUGGACGGCCGCGUACGCGGUGCUGGCCGACGUCUUCAUCGGGCUCGAGAAGGGCAUGUACGCCGAGCACAGCGACUGGAUCGGCUUCCGCAAGUUCAAGGUGCUGCGCAAGGUCAAAGAGUCGGACGCCAUCACGUCCUUCUACCUCGCGCCCUCGGACGGCCGCAAGCUGCCGCCGUUCAAGCCGGGCCAGUACGUCAGCCUGCAGCUCUUCGUGCCGCAGAUGGGCCACCUGCAGAGCCGCCAGUACAGCAUGAGCGAGGCGCCGCGCCGCGAGGGGGACUACUACCGCAUCAGCGUCAAGCGCGACGACGGCACGGGCCUGGGCGGCCUGCCCGACGCGCCCGGGAUCGUAUCGGUCAAGCUGCACGACGAGGUCAAGGAAGGGGACGAGGUCGAGGUGUCGCACCCGCAGGGCGAGUUCUUCGUCGACCCGGCCGAGGCCGAGGGCAAGCGCGGCGCCCCCUUGGUGCUGCUGUCGGCCGGCGUCGGCGCCACGCCGCUCAUGUCCAUCCUCGAGAGCGUCACGGUCGACCCGGCGGCGCCCGAGGCGGCCCGGACGCGGCCCGUGUCGUGGGUGCACGCGUCGCGGUCGUCGGGGCUCCGGCCCUUCGCGCCGCGCGUGGCCGAGAUCGAGAAGGCGAGCGGCGGCCGCGUGCGCGCGCGCCACUUCCUGAGCGCCGUCGACCCGGCCGUGGACGUCGAGGGCGUCAGCUACCACCACGGCGGCGCGCGCAUGGACCUGGCCCGGCUGGACAAGGACGCCGACCUGCACGUCUCGGACCCCCGCGCCGAGUACUACCUCUGCGGGCCCGAGGCCUGGAUGCUCGACACGAGGGAGCGACUCGAGGCUAUGGGGGUGUCGCACGACCGGAUACAUCUGGAACUGUUCGCGACGGGCGACGUCCAGUAGGCUUGGGAGGAAACGGUUGUUUGAUUGGUGGUGGGGGGUGAUCCGAUAGCACCAAGUCCCCCUUGAUCGCGUUUGGUGUCUGGUGUCGGUGUCGGGCUUUCCCCUCCUUGCUUUACCCCAAAUUGUUUUUUUUUUUUCAAUGUUUCCUUCCUUGAUACUCCCCGAUCAUGUACGAGCGCUACACAUAACCUCAGGCUACUUUAACUGCCGGUAUACCUUGUCUCGGCCGCUGGCCAUGCUCGUUGACUCUGCGUGGCUCC